AUGGCGGUUUUGAUGGAAGCGGAGAAGGUACAAAUAUUUUGCCCGGAUAGUGGUAUUCGUCUGCCUAUAUCACGUCUCUAUUUUUGUCGUCAUUGUCUGAAACUUAAAUCUGGACAAUGUGUUUGUCAUGAGGUGGACUCCCAUUACUGCCCAAAUUGCUUGGAAAAUAUGCCUGCAGCUGAGGCUAAGCUGAAAAAGAACAGGUGUGGUAACUGUUUCGACUGCCCAAGCUGUAGACAUACUCUAUCCACCAGAGCUACAAGUAUUGCGAUUCCAAAUCCAAAUGAUCCAGCAAGGCCAACAACCAAAAAAGCCUAUUAUUUGGCUUGUGGUUUUUGUCGAUGGACAUCAAGGGACAUUGGUAUGCCUGAUAAACAUGUUGUUUGCCAUUAUCAUGCUGUCUUGAUUGCUGCUAUGUUUGGACUUGUAGCUUUCAUUGGUAUUAUGAGCUGGAUUAUUCUGAUUAUUUUUUGUCCAUAUUCUCAGAUUGGUCAGUUGCUGGAUUAUUACAGACAACUGGCAUUAAAAGAGAAGCAGGAAAGAGAAAGAAAGCGCUAUACUAGACGACGAUCCUACUUUGCAUCAAGCCUACAGGAAAAAUAUCUGUCUCCUGUAAGUACAAGAAGACGCAGCAAUGUGCUCCUUAGUACUCUCUCUAAUUUAAGCUUGAAGGAAGGUGAUCUUGGCAAAAUUGCCACAGUUAAAUGUAGUGAACCUACAGAAGAAGUUGAAAAACUCCCUCCUGGUAUUUAUACAGAGGCUGUCAAUUUACCAUCUGUAUGUACAAUCUCCCAAAGACUGUCUCAACCAGAGUACCAGCCAUUCUAUACCAAACAACUGUAUCCACGACAUAAACAUCUGCUUAUCAAGAGAUCUCAGAGAUGCCGUGAAUGUGAACACAAUCUUAGCAAGCCAGAAUUUAAUCCAUCGUCGAUUAAAUUCAAGAUACAGUUAGUGGCUCUUCAUCAUAUUCCAGAAAUGCGAAUAUUUUCUGUUCCCAAUCUGCACUACCAGCAAGAGAGCCAAGUCACUGUUAUGUUAGUGAAUCCUGUAGAGAAUAUCACCAAUGUCACUCUAGAGGCUCUAGAACCUGAUGAAAACCAAGCCACUGCCACAGUCAUUGUACCAGAAUGUCAUUUGAUCCUUGCAGCUAAGGAUGAUACAGCGGAUUAUGAUGACAAUGCUGAGAUGCAAGAUUUCAAAGAUGAUCCAAGUGUUAUAAACUUCCGCAGUGCCAAUAAACUUGGUUUCUUUGUGAAGAUAACCCCACAGAAAGCAGUUGGAGAUGUUAUUAUUGCUAUCAGAGUCAAGUACGAUUAUCGCAAUAUAGCCGCUCAUUUUGGUAGAACUGAUGAAAGCAAAGAAAGUGAAAAGGAGCCACCUAUUGUCUGGCUAGAAUAUGAUUGUAAUUUAAAUGUUGGAAAACUUGUAUAGAGUCGCUCUGUUCCCGGAGUCUAAGCAAAACUACUUGAUGAGCUACCUGACUGUCAUUUAAAUUAAAGAGCAGCUUGUCAGGUUUUUCUUUAAUGUAUCAAAUUCUGCCUUGUAUACAUUUCAAAUGUGGUUCUGAUCAUAACUAUGGAAAGUUUUCUCCUAUUCCUCAAUUCCGUUAAUAUUUCUUUGAUGUAUCCGAGUACAUACAGUAAUUGUGCUGAUGUAUUUAUCAAGUACGGUACAUGUCGCUUCAUGUACAAAUAAUCUUUUAGUCUAUAAACUAUGAUGAAAACUCACUUUUGGUAUAAGUGCUUCAGUCCAUUAUGUAAGUUAUAUUUAUUUGCGAUAAGAUUAAAUUCAAUAUCACUCUACACU